AUGAGACGUGCGACUUGGCUCUUGCAGGACGCUGACGUGGUGUGGCUAAGGAACCCAUUCCCAAUCCUUAUAGGCAAAAACAAGAGCGAGACGACAGAAGAUUUCCAAAUCAGCACCGAUGUGUAUAACGGGGACCCACACUCCCCCGAACACCUCAUCAACACAGGAUUCUACUACGUCAGAUCCAACAACCAAACCAUAAGAAUGUUCGAGUCGUGGUACGGUCGGCGAGACAACUCGUCGAAAAAGGAGCAGGACGUGCUGCUAGAGAUGUCGAGGGGCGGCGUGCUGACGUCGGAGCUUGGUGUGAAGACAAGGUACCUAGACACCGCCUGGUUCAGCGGCUUCUGCUCCGACAUCCGGGAUGUCGAGCAGGUGGUCACUGUCCACGCCAACUGCUGUCGAAGCAUUAUUGCCAAGGUCAAGGAUUUGAAGGUGGUCAUCGGGGAUUGGAAGCGGUGGAAGAUGCUGGCUGCUCACUGGAAGGCCACCGGGAGGCGGAGAGCUAUUCCUUUCCGAUGGACGGGGCAUUUUGGGUGUUGGAACUCUUGGAAUAAUCAUAACGUCACCACCCAAUUAUGA